AUGCAGUUUGAUGAUUUACGUAAUCACCGGUUAUCAUCAUCAUCAUCAUCAUCAUCAUCAUCAUCAUCAUCAUCAUCAUCAUCAUCAUCAUCAUCAUCAUCAUCAUCAUCAUCAUCAUCAUCAUCAUCAUCAUCAUCAUCAUCAUCAUCAUCAUCAUCAUCAUCAUCAUCAUCAUCAUCAUCAUCAUCAUCAUCAUCAUCAUCAUCAUCAUCAUCAUCAUCAUCAUCAUCAUCAUCAUCAUCAUCAUCAUCAUCAUCAUCAUCAUCAUCAUCAUCAUCAUCAUCAUCAUCAUCAUCAUCAUCAUCAUCAUCAUCAUCAUCAUCAUCAUCAUCAUCAUCAUCAUCAUCAUCAUCAUCAUCAUCAUCAUCAUCAUCAUCAUCAUCAUCAUCAUCAUCAUCAUCAUCAUCAUCAUCAUCAUCAUCAUCAUCAUCAUCAUCAUCAUCAUCAUCAUCAUCAUCAUCAUCAUCAUCAUCUCAUCAUCAUCAUCAUCAUCAUCAUCAUCAUCAUCAUCAUCAUCAUCAUCAUCAUCAUCAUCAUCAUCAUCAUCAUCAUCAUCAUCAUCAUCAUCAUCAUCAUCAUCAUCAUCAUCAUCAUCAUCAUCAUCAUCAUCAUCAUCAUCAUCAUCAUCAUCAUCAUCCAAAGCAUCAUCAUCAUCAUCAUCAUCAUCAUCAUCAUCAUCAUCAUCAUCAUCAUCAUCAUCAUCAUCAUAGUCGUAUAAUUUCAUUUUUAUUAUUAUCAUCAUUAUUUUUAAAAUAUGAAGAUCACUUAAUUUUUCUUUGUCUCCAAAUGUCAAACAAACAACACAAAUUUGAACAAUGUUAUACAAUUCAAUCCCACUUGGUUACUAAUUCAAUGUAUAUAAAUACAUCAAUAUAA